UUUUCUUUCCUGAUGAGGAAAAGGUCGGGAUCAAGAUGAUGAAGACCUACACCAAUCGAAUGAAAUCAGAGAAUGUUUUCGGGGCUCUGUUAGUUGUUCAACAGAAUUUGACGCCCUUUGCACGGACAUGUAUAAGCGAGAUAUCUGCGAAAUUCCACCUGGAGGUUUUCCUGGAGUCCGAGCUGUUGGUCAACAUUAAAGAACAUGUUCUUGCUCCUGAACAUCAGGUGCUUACGACAGAGGAAAAGUAAACCCUGCUGCAAAGAUAAACUGGGAAAGAAACUCAGUUGCGCCGUAUUCAGGUGACAGAUCCAGUAGCAAAGGUAUCAGGGGUAGUGAGAAAGCGGGUCGAUAUGUUGCCUACAGAUACGUCGUGUGACUUGGCUCCAAGCAUGUUCUUGUUCCUGAGCAGCAGGCGCUCACGACCCAGGAAAUCAAGACACUAGCUUAUGCAAAGGCCUUUGUGCUACUCAUCCACGAAUUGCGCCUUUGCCUCUCUUGUUUCUCGCCGGUUUUAGAUCCAUAGGUUGUAUAUAACACAACUAGGAAACUGCUCAACUAGUGCCUGAAAUGUGACCUUCUGUAGAACGGAGCAGAUGUAGUUUUCCGUAGUCAUUAGAGGAUUUUAACUCUGUAGCCUUGUGGAGAAUGUUGCUCAACUAGUUCCCAGGAUGUCUACCUUCAGUCUGUGACGUCGUCUCAUUUGCGACUC